AGGAGAUCAAUGGUUUAGUGACACUUGUGAAUUGUAUGGCAUUUGAAACCUUCCAUCAUAGAGCACUUAAUGCUAUACCUACGUGGAGAUGGGAGUACAUACAGUGCAGUGGACUAUUAGAAUAGCAGAACAUAUAUCAACAGAGAAGUAGAAGGGGACAAGAAGAAAGAUGAAUAGCUAUACAGGAAGUAGGAAGUCAGAUACCGAAAGGUUUUAGUGUGAUAGACAGACUGGAGAUCUACAGCAAAACCCUUAAUGGAUGUGUGUGUGCUGUGUGUAUGUGAGUGCGUGUGUGCGUUUGUGUUGUGAAGUGAGAUACUGACAUUUCCUAUGAAGGAGGGAGAAUGUCUCUCAAGCUACCUCGGAACUGGGACUUCAGCACCCUCAAAGCUGAAACCGCCAGAAUAGCGCGGUCUAAGAGUGUGAUGCCUGGAGAGGGCAACCCUGGGUCAGGCUCGCCCGGGUCCACCACGAGGUCCAUGGAGAUGCCGCUGAAGGCAGGCUGGCUGAGGAAACAGAGGUCCAUCGUGAAGAACUGGCAGCUGCGUUACUUUGUGCUGAGAGGGAGCACGCUGACCUACCAUAAAGACGAAAAGGAGGGGACUGUCCAGGGAGUGAUCCAACUGAGGUUCAGUAAAGUCAAUGAGCUCCCACUGAACCAAGAUGACCCAGGGAAAUUCCUCUUUGAGAUCAUGCCGCGCAGCAGUGGUGAUCGGGAGCGGUGCCCCUACAUUCUCAUGGCCAACUCCCACAGUGAGAUGGAUGAGUGGGUCCGCACGCUGCGCAGGGUGGUUGGAGCGCCCUCUAGUGGAGCGAUAUUUGGCAAGAGCCUGGGUGAUACGGUGACCUAUGAGCAGCGGUUCGGCCCCCACAUGGUACCCAUCCUGGUGCAGAAGUGUGCUGAGUUCAUCAGAGAACACGGACUAAGUGAGGAGGGCAUCUUCAGACUGCCAGGACAAGACAACACCGUCAAACAGUUCAGGGACGCUUUCAACGCCGGAGAGAGACCUUCCUUCCCAAGUGACACAGAUGUCCACACAGUGGCGUCGUUGUUCAAGUUGUACCUACGGGAUCUGCCUGAGCCGGUGGUUCCUUGGACACAGUACCAAGACUUCCUGGACUGCAGCCCCAUGCUGGACCCCAACAGUGCUGCAGGUCGUGAAAGACUGGAGAAGCAGAUCACCCUCCUUCCUAGACCCAACUAUAACCUCCUCAGCUACAUAUGCAGGUUCUUAUUUGAGGUCCAGCAGAACUCCAAGGUGAACAAGAUGUGUGUUGAAAACCUGGCCACGGUCAUUGGGAUCAAUCUGCUCAAGCCUCAGAUCGAGGACCCCAUCACUAUGAUGAAGGGUACUCCUCAGAUCCAGAAGUUGAUGACAGUGAUGAUCAGACAGCAUGAGGCUCUGUUUCCUCCGUCUGAAGACGUGGCUCCUUCACCCCCCAGCAAGAAGAGUGAGAGCAAGAAGCACAGCGCUCCACGCAGCUUCGUGGGCUGGGAGUCUGCUGAGUGUGAGGGCUUUCUGUCAGAGUCUCCAGAGGAGGAGGAGGAGGACACAGACACCCUGGGGGCUGAGCCAGUUACCAUCUCCAUCCCCCAGACUGGUCCCCAGCAGCCCCACUCCCCCUCCUCAUCCUCAGCCUUCGACCCCUUGUCUGGGAGCCCCCGCAAACGCACCCAGACCCUACCUACUUUGAACUGCCCUGUCCCGGGGAGGGCCGGCAAGCUGGAAGCCAUGAACCGCUGGAGCCGCAUCCAGGAGAGCAGCGAAGAGAAGGGGGAGAAGACUCUCUCAGAGGACAUCUUUAAGAUCCUGGACCUGCAGAAGACGUCUCUGUUCGGAGGCGCCCAGAAGGACUGGGAGGACAGAGGGACGGCCAGGAGAGGAUGUGACAUCACAGUCACCUAUGAUGACAUCACAGCCACCUCUUCGAAACCCAUUAAUGUCCCCCAGCAAAAGUCUCAGCCCUCGACUCCUGAGAAGAAGACAGAGGCCAGUACAGCUGUGGUUUCAUCUUCAGCCCUCCAACCAGACAGCAAGGCUGACCAGCAGGAAGACAGCCAGGGAAACUCAGAGCACCUCAUUACCAGCCUGCAGCAGAGGAACAAAGAGCUGAGUGCCACAGUAGCAGAGCUGCAGUCAGCCCUGGACGCAGAGAAGCGCUGUGUGUCCGCUCUGGAGAUCAGGCUGAGGAACGCGGAACGCAGCCGAGAUGAGGCCCAGAGACGUAACCAGGAGCUGGACCAAGAGAUACAGCAGUUCCUCAGCAGAGAACCAUGAGGGCCAACUUAGAACCACAAGGGCCAACUUAGAACCACGAGGGCCAACAUAGAACCACAGGAGCAAACUUAGAACCAUGAAGGGGCUAACCUAGAACCACGGGGGCCAACCUAGAUCCAGUAGCUCCCCACCAGGGAACCAUGAAGCCCACCUAGAACAUAGAACUGCCCAUAGCCUUAAGUUAUCAAAGAGAUCCCUCAAUAAAGUAUAUGGAUAUUUAACAUAGAGAUCUCUAAACUGUAACAUAACAUAGAGAUCCCUCAAUAUAGAGAUCUCCAACAUAGAGAAGAAAGCUCAUCACAGUGGACAUCACAGCCUCAUGCAGUUAACUGACUAUACGCCACCUGCUGUCCUACAAGACGUAGAGAGUCAGUGUCUUGGCCAGAGCUGUAACUCUGGCUGGGACAAGGAACAUGUUGCUACAGAUGCACGAUCUUAAUUUGACAAUUUUCUCACAGCAGGAAAAUAAUCCUGCAGCAACAGGAAAUGUGAAUUAUUGUGUGGAUUAUAAUUAAUGGACAU